AUGGCAGCGACACUACAACGAGGUGCUUCUGGGGCUCUGAUGUUCGACGAAUUUGGGACGCCAUUUAUCAUUCUCAAGGACCAGGAAAAUAAGAAACGAGUGUCCGGCAUCGAGGCCCUGAAGUCGCAUAUCCUCGCUGCUAGAGCUGUAGCUGACACCUUGCGAACUUCCCUCGGUCCGCAGGGUUUGGACAAAAUGUUGGUUAGCCCUGACGGCGAUGUGACGGUGACCAACGACGGAGCGACCAUUCUUGAAAAAAUGGACGUGAAGCAUCAAAUCGCUAAGCUGAUGGUGGACUUGGCCAAGUCGCAGGACGAUGAAAUUGGAGACGGCACAACCGGUGUUGUAGUUCUCGCCGGAGCCUUAUUGGAACAGGCAGAGUUGUUGCUGGACAAAGGUAUCCACCCGAUCAAAAUCGCUGAUGGCUAUGACUUGGCUUGCAAGUUUACCUUGCGCCAUCUGGACAAGAUUGCCAGUUCAUUUCCGGCUGACUUGAAUAACCGCGAAUCGCUCAUUCAAGUCGCUGAAACAGCGCUAGGAUCAAAAGUGUACGCAGAGCCACUGAUCGAUAUCAACCGCUGCAUGCGGAAGCUGGCCGAAAUCGCAGUGGAUGCGGCCUUCUGCGUGGCUGACUUAAAACUACGAGACGUCAAUUUCGAACUGAUCAAAAUCGAGGGCAAGGUGGGCGGUACUCUUGAAGACACCGUACUCGUCAAAGGCGUGAUCAUCGACAAGGACUUCAGUCACUCUCAAAUGCCCAAAGAGAUUCGAAAUGCUAAGAUCGCUAUUUUCACAUGUCCGUUUGAGCCGCCAAAGCCGAAGACCAAACAUAAGCUGGACGUGAAAUCCGUUGAGGAUUACAAGCAGUUGAGGGAAUACGAACGAAAGACUUUCGAGCAGAUGAUUCAAGAGACGAAGGCAAGCGGUGCUAACUUGGUUAUCUGCCAGUGGGGUUUUGACGACGAGGCUAACCAUUUGUUGCUACAUCACAAACUGCCAGCUGUUCGUUGGGUUGGUGGUCCCGAGAUCGAGCUGAUUGCCAUUGCAACUAACGGUCGAAUUGUGCCUCGCUUUUGUGAACUGACGCCUGACAAACUUGGAAAUGCCGGCUUAGUGCGCGAGCUAUCGUUCGGCACUGUCAAAGAAAGGAUGCUCUGUAUCGAGGAAUGCCCAAACCAUCGUGCAGUCACUAUCUUCAUCCGUGGAGGAAACAAAAUGAUCGUAGAAGAAGCCAAACGCUCGAUGCAUGAUGCACUGUGCCAGGUGAGAAAUUUGAUCAAAGAUAACCGUAUUACCUACGGUGGCGGCGCUGCUGAAAUAUCUGCUUCGAUAGCCGUAUCGCAGGAAGCAGACAAAAUCACCGGUUUGGAACAGUACGCUUUCAGAGCUUUCGCCGAUGCUCUCGAAAGCAUACCAAUGACGCUGGCGGAAAACAGUGGCUUACAACCAAUCAAAGAGCUCACCGAAGUGAAAGCGCAACAAGUUCAGACGAAAAGUCAUGUUCUUGGUAUUGACUGUCUUGGAAAAGGCACUAACGAUAUGAAGGUGCAAAACGUGUUUGAACCGCUAAUGGCUAAAAGACAGCAGAUUUCGUUGGCCACUCAGGUGGUUCGUAUGAUUCUCAGAGUAGACGACGUUCGCAGUCCGUCGGAUGAAACUUCCUAUAAUUGA